AGUUAACAUCAGCAGCCCGCGGUGGGCCGUCCGUCUCCUGGCAGAGACACGGAGAGCAGAGAGCAGUCCGGACUGAGAGGAGUCGCGUUGUGUUUUCGGGGCCUACUAACUUCCGUCAUUGUGACAUAUACAUCUCACUGGAUAUAAACACAGAGGAGGUUAAUAGUAAGAUUAUAGUAAAACCACUCAAGAUCUAACUGGAUAUCUCUACUGGAGCUGUGAAACUAGUGUUCUCCCUCUGAAAGCAGAGAGACGUCAGACCUCGCCUCAGCCCGCCACCGCCUCCUCCUCGCUGCUGUUACAUCUUCUAUCUCCAUCUAAUCGUUGUUUUGCGGGGUUUCACCGCCGCGUCCCGCAUUAUGUAGCUGACUGAACGGAGUGCUAGUAGCUCUUAGACGAUUAUCGGCUUUUUCACUUUUAAACACCGUGCCUUGGCGGAAAGGAGAGGAUUUCGUUUUUAUUUAAGGUCAUUUGAGGAUGAACGAGCAGGACAGUGGGGUGGUCUCCUUUGAUGAGUAUGUGCGGCAGAAGGCCCGCACUGUGCCUCAGCACAGGAUGAAGGAGUUCCUGGAGUCCCUCUCCAAGGGCCCAGAGGUGCUGCAGGAGUUCAGCCAGCAGGGAGGGGCACCCACCACCACAGCCAUGGUGUAUCAGCAGCAGCAGGAUACCAACUGUGUCUACGCAGACAGUACAGAGGUAGCUGGCUCUCUCUUAGAGCUGGCUUGUCCGGUACAGGUGAGCUCGGAAGAGAUUUCACCUCAUCUGUCUGUGCAUCAAGAGUCUGAACAGCAGCUUCAGGUGCAGGUUCAGAUUCAGGAGCAGCAGGGCCAAACAGUUGGCCAGGUUCUUCAGGUGGCCUCGCCCUCUCAGCAGGACCUGCAGGGAAUCUCAACAGCCCAUUUUGUCCAACAGGGAGAGCUCACAGAGGAGCAGCAGCAGCAAAUUCAGGCGCAGCUGGUUGCCGCUGUAGCUGGAGGACAACAAAUCCAGUUACAAGGAACGCAGCAUAUUCAGCUGCCAGGCGGUCAGCAAAUUCAACUUCAGGCUGGCCAACAUAUUCAACUACAGGGUGGCCAACAUAUUCAAUUACAGGAUGGCCAGCAAAUUCAGCUACAGGGUGGCCAACAAAUUCAGCUACAGGGUGGCCAACAAAUUCAGCUACAGGGUGGCCAACAAAUUCAGCUACCAGGCGGCCAGCAAAUACAGCUACAGGGCGGCCAACACAUUCAGCUACCGGGUGGCCAGCAAAUUCAGCUACAGGGCGGCCAACACAUUCAGCUACCGGGUGGCCAGCAAAUUCAGCUACCGGGCGGCCAGCAAUUUCAGCUACAAGGUGGCCAACAAAUUCAGCUACAGAGUGGCCAACAAAUUCAGCUACCAGGUGGCCAACAAAUUCAGCUACAGAGUGGCCAGCAAAUUCAGCUACCAGGUGGCCAACAAAUUCAGCUACAAGAUGGCCAACAGAUCCAGAUUCAGACCAUAGAGGCCAUGUCUCCUUCACAGCAGCAAGACUCUCCCAGGGAGGCAGAGAGGAGGUCCGCCACUGUCUCAACUGUUCUCCAACCUGCCAAGAAGCGUAAGGUGGAUGUACCUGUAGCUGUGUCGUAUGCUGUUCCACAGGGCCAGCAGGUGGCCACGGUUCUGGCCAUCCCUCAAGGGCAGCAGCAAAGCUAUGUGUCGCUACGACCAGAUUUGCUCACAGUUGACAGCGCUCAGCUGUAUAGCACUACAGGAACAAUCACGGGUCCCACAGGUGAGACCUGGACCAUCCCUGUGUACUCCACUCCACAGCAGCAGGGGGUGACUCACAUUGCCAUACCACAGGAAUACAGCCAAAUGCAAGUUACCACCACCAACGGUAAGGACAAACUGUCCUCCAGUUCCUCAUCAAGGUCCGCAAAUUUGCAGUCGGCCUCCGCCGGGACACAGGAAGAAAUAGUACAGACCCUGUUCCCAGCGCAGUUCAUGAACGGCAACAUUCACAUCCCUGUGGCGGUGCAGACUGUAGGAGGGACGUACAACACUGCACAGUCGGUGCACAUAUGGGACCCAAAUCAACAGCAGAGCCAAGGAGAGGAGGGGCAAGAGCAGCAGCUCCAUCUGCAGGGUCACAUAGAAACAGAGGGUCAUGACGAACCGCCUACAGAGAUUAUGGUUCCUAUCUGCCUGAAGCCAGAAGAAGGCCUGGAGGUCUGGCGCCUUUGGGUGGAGAGAAAAAACGCAGAGCUAAACAAGCAGGAAAAGACAAAGCUCGCACCCAUAGGACGUCGUCAGCCCCUGCGUUUUCAAGAAGACUUGGUGUCCAGCGCAGUAGCGGAGCUAAACCUGGGUCUUUCCCUGAUGACGCAGGAGGCACGAGGAUCUGACGAAGAGCAAUUCACAUCCGAUGUUCUAUAUUAUGUGUUCUUGUGCAUACAAAAGUAUCUCUCCGAAAAUGGACGUGUGGAUGAUAUUUUCUCUGAUCCAUAUUACACACGUUUUUGUGGGUGUUUACACAAAAUCCUGAAUGGUUGGAGACCCAGUGUCCAUCCUUUAGGUUACGUCAUCCCAAGUCAUGUGACCGAGGAGAUGUUGUGGGAGUGUAAACAGCUUGGUGCACAUUCACCGGCCACAUUGCUCACAACGCUAAUGUAUUUCAACACUAAGCAUUUCCACCUGACGACACCUGAACAGCACAUGAAAGUAGCGUUCUCUAAGGUCCUAAGACACACGAGGAAGAACCCCGCUAACGCCAAGGACAAAGCAACCAGUAUCCGCCUUCUCAAAGGACAAGGUCCAAACAGCGCAGCACAGAAAGGUGCUCAAUACAGAACUGAUGACAUGUAUGAAGAGCAGAUCGAGGAUCCUGAGAAUCCUCUUCGCUGCCCCAUUAAACUUUAUGACUUUUAUCUCUUCAAAUGUCCUCAAAGCGUUAAGGGACGCAACGACGCAUACUACAUGACUCCAGAGCCUGUCGUCGCACCGAACAGCCCGAUGUGGUACUCAUCCCAGCCCCUCACAAGUCAGCAAGUGGAGCACGUGUUGGCCCGCAUCAUUGUGGUACGAGAGAUACAGGAGAUCAUCGGUGUGGACAUCAUGAGCUAAACUGAGAGGACGACUGGACUCGUGGGAACUUGUUCUCCAGUCACUGAUUGUUUGACUAUGCAGUAUCCAUCCUGACUCUAUAAACCUCAAUGACCAUCAUCUCAAAUCAAAGGGAACAAUCAUUAUUUCUCUCAGAGGAGUGCAUCGCGACAGCAAAGAUUUUUUUUUUCUCUUCUUACAUUUUCUGUUUUCAGCUGAUGGGUCGGACUGUUCUUUCUCUUGACUACCUUUGUAAGCCAUUGCCUCUGUAACCUUUAAACUGGCAAGUAAGGGAGGCGUUAGUCUCACCACUGCUGGACUAUGAUUGACCUCCUGCCCUCUGAGCUCUGCAGAGGUUUCCUGUAAAAGUGUCGAUAUGAUAUGAGGAUAUUUAACCUUUCACUUCUUAACCUCACAGACCAUUUACCACAUCGUGCAUCUCUUCAAAGUCCCACUAUGAUACAUGACAUCUUAAUGAACAAUUACAGGGACCACAACCUUUUUUUGUAUACGGACUGCAUUUUGGAUCACGUAUUGAUACGUUCAAAGCUGAAGAACUUGUGCCUGUUUUCAAAAAUGACGUUAUAAUUCAUGCUUGUGGAUCAUUGAGUGAGUUGAACCUCAGAUAUUCACAAGGUCAAAGUGCUAUAUUGUAGUCAUUCUUUCUCAGGUCAAAGCUAGUGAUUUAAACACCCAUCAAGGAUUUUUGCCAACUUCUUCCUGUAUGUAUGUAUUAGGUUAUUAAACAGGACAUGCAGAUGGAAACGCCUUUGUUUAGCUAACACAGUAUUAAUCCUUGUAUCAAAAGUCAUGAGAAGCAAUUCAAAAAUGAAAAGUAUAAAGCGCUGUGUUGUCUGUGGAAAUGCAACUCUGACAUUUGAAAUGAGGAUUAGUUGUGGGCCUUUUUCAAAAAUAACUUGUCACACCAUCAGCAUCCAUAAGCCUGGUGGUGCCUCCCAUGAGAUGACAUGUACGAUUGGGAUUACUACAUUGACAAAAAUAGUUGUGAUAAAGUUCUGCUUCAUUUGUUUAUUACUAAAAAUGAGUUGGAUAGCACUGUACAGUCAUUUACCGCUUGAUAAUUUUACAUAACCUCACAACAUUUUUGUAGGCCAACCAGAAAGUUAGCAUCGCACAGGGUCCCUCGACAAAAAGCCAAUGGGAUAUUCCAGCUAUAACAGCUGUGUCAUCUCACGAAUCCAUCUCAUCAAACAGAAAUUGGCAAAUAGAAAUGAUGGAAAAGCAUCGUAAACCACAAAACAGAAUUCAGCGAGUCAGCAUACAGACAAGUUUGACAGCAGGACGCUACGUUUAAGGAUGUUUUUACUCCGGUUCAAACUUUUUAACUGAAGUCAGAGUGAUUAAUCAGCAUCAUGUAGACUCUGAUGUCUGGAGGUUGGCAUCAUUGACUGUGAUUAUUAAAAUUGGCUUUUCACAUAUAAACAAUUUAAAAUUGUGAA